AUGUUUUUACAUAUAUGUGCAAAGUGAUUUAGAAAUAUGAUUCCUUCCUUUAAUUCUCAUCAAAACUCUCAAUAUUUUCAAUAUUAAUAUUCUCAAUAUUUUCCUGCUUUAGUUAAUGCCAACAGUGUCCACAGCUAUGCUUCACCCCUCCCCCCCCACUUCUUCAAUAGUUUGAAGAACCAGUUUUCUCUUUCCUUCAUUGUACACACACCUUGUAUUUUGAAUGGGACACACCCUGCAGGGCUCGUCUGACUAGCCUGGAAUGAGUAAAUGUCAUUUUCACAGAGACAAGACACAUCUGGAAGCAUGACGCUGGUACACAUUAGCUGUUCAACUGGUGUGUUUUAGCAAAGAGUCAAAGCAAGAAUCCCAGAUGGCAGGGAAAAGCUCUGCCGGCAGAACCAGAGCUGCCAGGCGAGCACGCUGGUGGCAGCUGACACAGAGAUGGAGGAUGGUGGGGGUUUUCGAAAUCAACACUGAACAUGAAUUUUACUCUCUGACUUCCAUGAUGAAGGAAGGCAUGCAAGCCUGCAUUCAGGCCACAUCUAACACAGAAGGCCAGAAUACACUCACAGAUGAACAUUUCAAGACAAAGGGUACUCAACUCCUUGAGGGGUUUGAGAUGCAUACAUUUGCAGCACCAGUGUUUGCUACACUGAGACAUUCCUUGGACAUCAGUGAGCAGGAAUUUAUAAAUUCUCUCUGCCCCAAAGCCAACUACCUUCAGUUUAUCAGCAACUCCAAAAGCAAGGCAGAUUUCUUUCUCACAUAUGACAAAAGGUUUUUUCUGAAAACCCAGAGCAAGCGAGAAGUUAGGUUUCUCCUUUCCAACCUGCGACACUACAUGGAUCACUUGGAGAAAUACCCUCAUUCACUGCUAGUGCGCUUUCUAGGAAUCUACAAGAUUGUUAUUCCAAACCAACUGAAGAAGUACUUCAUUGUGAUGCAGAGUGUGUUUUAUCCUCAUGACAGAAUCAACAACAGAUAUGACAUAAAAGGCUGUGAGGUGGGUAGAUGGACUGACCCCGAGACAGGAGGCAAACAAGUCAUAAAGGUGCUGAAGGACAAUAACUUCAAAGAACAGAGCAUUGUGCUGGGUCCAGAAAAAUCCUGGUUUGAGAGACAAGUGAAAGCAGACACCACUUUUCUCCAAGAUCUUAAUGUGCUGGACUACAGUCUCUUGCUGGCCCAGCAACCUUUGCAUCAAGAUGAGCUGGAGGGCAAGCAUUCUUUCGCUGACCUUGUCAUUCGUACCACAAAGUCUCUGGACAUAGAUGAUGAUCCCACCCAAUUAGAGCCCUCCAGUGUUCCUCUACUACGGAGUCGGAGUGAGGAAGUACCAGACGGUGCUGGCUGUGUGCCAGGUCAGCAUCAGGCAGCCGCUGAGGAUGCUGGUGAAGAGAUUCUAGCCCAGGAGAUAAACAGCCCUCCCAAAGAUACAGGGUGUCCUAUAGAACUACAGGAAUUUCACGAACAUCAUCGAAGACUAUUGCCAAACUUCAAAAAUGCAGUUCAUGUGAUUGAUGGAUUAGAGUGGCGCUACUUUGUGGGCAUAGUGGACAUUUUCACUGUUUACAGUAUAAAGAAAAGACUGGAGAACCUGUGGAAGAACCUUCGCUACCCUGGCAGAGUCUUUUCUACUGUCAGGCCGGCAAAGUACUCCCAGAGAUUUUGCAGGUGGAUACAUGAGCACACCCAGUGACUGACAUCAUUUGUUGUCUGGUUAAUGGCUUUGGUACAAAUGUUUUGUUGGAUUUUGUUUUUCUUACAUCCUGUAAAAUAUGUUUUGUGCAUACUGUAUUUGACUGCAAGAAACACACACACAAAAGAAAACUGAUUCAAAACAUCUUUACCUCACUGAUGCACCGAACACAAAACUAGAUGUUGGAAUUUUCUGCUGCAUCAUCAAUGUAGCCGGGGCAUAUUGUCUCCCCCGAAUGUGUGCUGCUGCGCCCUCUUCCUCUUGUCCAUAUAUGGAAGACGCUGUGACACAGCGCAGCUGGCUUGUUAAGGAGACAGGUAAUCACCAUUUACAUUUAAAAGCGGGUAGAUCGCUGAGGAGAUCAGAUGCAGGCUGAUGACUUGUGCAAAGGUAUGUUUAACAUUGAUUGUGAAGUGAGUUUAGAAUUUAUGUUUGAUUCUGCCACUGAUUGUUGUAGGAAACGCACUUUAGAGAGUGACGUCAAGUGCAACAUUUACUGGUUUCACUUUAGAGAAGGUAAGGGCCGUUAUGAUUUAUCUGGCUGGUUAAUGUUCUUGUCUAACUUGAUUUCUUUUGUGUGUAGGUUGGCCUGAUACCGUUUCAGUUUUUGAUUUCAAUUUUUUGUUUCAGUUUGCUUAUUUUUAGAUGGUUAUUGUUGUUUAAAAAUAACUUUUCUUUUUUGGGGGUUUUGUUUAGGGAAAGAGACUUUCUACUGUAGCCUGCUGGCUUGUUUUAAAUCGGGUCCUAGGCUGUUUUAUUUGGAUUGAGGAGACUAGUGGAAGGGGAGUUUUUUUUUUUUUUCCUUUGUAUUCACUAGGGAUUUUUGUGAGUGCUUUUGUUGGGGAACACUGGGGUGCAUUUAGUUGUAUUUGUUUUCUUUAUUAUUCCUCCCCCAAACAGUCAAAUUUUUAUCUAAUUUGAUUUUAAUUAUUUUUCAGCUUUAAGGAUCCCAGGGCCAGCAUAGACUUCCACUUUUAGUGUGGUCACUUGGUAUAAUAAAAAAUGACUAUUUUUGCACAUGAAACAUUUGUGAAUUCAAUAAACUGUUUGUAAUCUGCAGCAGUGCCUCUGUCCAUUUUUACAAACUUAUCUGUGUGAUCUGGUAAAAAGAGGAUCUAAAGCUGUACCCAAGGACACAUCAGCAAGACAAGUGUAUAUAAAUCUGAUAUUUUGUAUACUUGUUCAGUGUACUUAAGACCUUGUUGAAUGAACUUAAUUGUGAGGUUAAUUUAACUUGGUUUAGUGAAGUUGUUUCUACUUGGCUGUAGCGAGUAAAUUAUCCUAUUCUUAUCCUACAUCAAGUUAAUCCAACUCUACAUGAACAGUUUGUGUAGCAUAGCAUUUCUCAACCGUGGCAGUACCGCCCCACGGCGGGCGGUCAGAGGACGGCAGGGGGGCUGGCAGAAAUAUUUACCAAAGGGGGCGCUGCGAUUCCUUUCGGGGGCGUUUAUUCGAAGGUAAACUUUACACCUUAUAUGUACAACAAUAUCAGUUUAGACUUUGAGCUACUUGCUAAAAACUGAGGUGUGUAACAUUAAAACAUGCUGCAACUGUAACUAUGGUAACUUUUCUUCUCAGUUUUUCUGUUAGCUUCUUGGCGCAGCUUCACCGCACCAUCAGUUCAGUGUUAAACCUGUGUUCUGACUAUCUGUGCUAGUCAGAACCGUCCUACCCUGUAGGACAGCACAGAUGGAACAUCGGUAAAGUAAUGAGAUUUAAAAGUGCUGGUAUUGCCGUUGCAUACUGGUGUUCUAUCUGACGAGGUAGUACUGAUAGUCAGAGCACUAAUUCACGUUGAAAGGUGAAAAAUCAAGCGCUUAUAUGAGGGCAGAUCAGGUGAAACGCAUGAUGAUUAGGCGGCGCAGCAGGUCAAUUACAUGAGGGAAUACGGUGAGCGUCAAUACAAACGGGAAGCAAACUAACUUUAGUUGGUAUAUUUUUGGUUAUA